AUGGAUUCUUCAGAUUCCGAGGUGAUUAUCCAACUUCGGGAUGUGAACAACGUCUUCCUGGGUUCUUCCACGACUGUUCCCAUCAACCUAUCUAAGGACCAAAUAGAACAGUUGUUGAAGGCGCUUCUGAAGACGGAAGCGAACUACGACGAAGAUGUGGACAACAACAAGUACUCGUUCAUCCUGGAAAAUAGCGAGGAGAUUAAAACGACACUGGAAGAUGCACUAAACGUCUCAAAGCAGGAGUUUAGCGGAGAACUGGUGUUUAAGAUAACUCCAGAUGGAGCAUAUUUGGCAUCAGGAUCAGGAGACACGACGGUGAGGGUUUGGGACUUAUCAACGCAAACGCCAAUUAAGACAUUCACUGGCCAUAAAAACUGGGUGAUGAGCAUAUCAUGGUCACCGGACGGAAACACAUUGUCCUCAGGAGGAAUGGUAGGUGGGAAUGCAAAUGACAAUAAAGUCAUAAUAUGGGAUCCGAAAACAGGAAGUAAUAGAGUCUUAAAUGGACACACAAAGGCAGUAACCACAUUGGCAUGGCAGCCAUUACACAAUAUGAAUAACACAGAUAACUACCCAAACCUAGCAAGCGGAAGCAUGGAUUUCACAGUGAGAAUAUGGAGCGUGAAGAGUUACACAUGUAUAAGGACACUGUCCGGACACACGAGAGGAAUAUCACAAGUACUGUGGUCAGCAGAACAAGAAAAUAGAAUAUUUUCAUCAUCGAGAGAUACAUUAAUAAAGGUAUGGGAAGCGUCGACAGGAGCUCUGAUCAAGGAUUUAAAAGGACACGCACACUGGAUUAACACACUGACGUCCAACACGAGUAGGCUAAUAAAAAGUGGACCAUAUUCACCUGAAAAUUUUGAAAGAGAAACAACGAAAUUCGAGUCAAUGGAAGCAAUGAUAGCAGAGUCAAAGAAAAUAUACAAAAGAUUUAAACAAGAAUCUGGACAAGAAAGGCUGCUGUCAGGAUCAGAUGAUAACACAAUGUUCAUAUGGAUACCAAAUUCAGAUACCAAUAAGCCGUUACAUAGACUAACAGGGCACCAACAACUAAUAAACCACGUAAGACACAUAGGAAGAGUGUACAGAAUAGCCUGGAGCUGCAGAGGAAACUACCUGGUGAGCGCAAGCUCAGACUCGACGCUGAAGCUGUGGGACGCAGAAACAGGAAAGCUGAAGUACGACCUCCCAGGACACGCAGACGAAAUAUACACACUGGAUUGGAGCAACUGCGGAAAAACAGUGGCGUCAGGUAAAAGGAAGUCAAAUAAAGCAGAAAUUAAUAAAUGUGUAGGUGGGAAGGACAGGCUAGUAAAAUUAUGGUGUCACUAA